AAAGUAAGCAGUAUUUUUGUGUUCGAGUAGGACCAUACCAACGGAUGGCCGUUAGGGUCAAAAAUCCCUGGGAGAGCAACCUCCAGCAAAACGACAAACGCAUCAGACUCCCUUUCGUCACUCGCAACGAAUGUGGAAAACAAUGUUUUGGAUUCGUAAUGGAGAAAGUUUUGUAACCAGUACAUGGUCUGUGUUUGUAUAGGGCCUUCUUAGAGUUUUACAACCCCCCAAGGCGCUUCACAACACAAUCAGUCAUUCACCCAUUCACACGCCGGUGGGGAUGAGCUACACUGUAGCUGCUUAUUCAGAGUGAAAGUGCAGAAAGUCUCUUCUUCUGCAUGGGCCUUGAGUUCCAGCAAAGAUAAGGGAGCUAGGAAAAGCACUUAGCUUACUAUGGCUCCCUUAUUCGGCAACAUGGCCGUUGAGCAGUACCUUUCUGGAUUAGAGACCUAUGGUCAUUGUGAUGGAAAUACUUGGUUACAAAUGGUUCAGACGAUCCUCUCAGAAGAAAAAGAUCAUCCGCUUUACCUUUAAUUUGUAGCAGUGUAGAGUAUAAAAUGUCAAAAUGACCUUGUGUUUUCUAAAAUUUAUAUCAUGCUCUAAUCUACUGCAGCAUCAAACUUAAAACAUCUUAAUUUUUGUCUUCUUCUCUUUUUCUUGAAAGCCUAAACAGUUCGAGAGGUGCUGCAGAACAGAGUGGUUGAAGAAGCAGGAGACCAGCUACAGUCAGCUGACAUGGAUAAAAAUCAAACUUGUCAGGUUCAGAAAAGCGUUGGCGCAAAUCUGUUCCUGCAGACUGUGUUGAUGAUAGAGACAGUGGUGGGUAUUCCAGGGACCGUGCUGGGCUUGUGGAUUUUCUGUUGUCGCACAAAGCUCUGGAAAGCCCACAUCAUCUUCCUUUUUAACUUGGUCCUGGCUGACUUCCUGCUCCUCAUCAGCGUGCCCUUCCGCAUUGACACCCACUGGCGAGGGGACAACUGGAUGUUUGGGCCAGUCUGGUGCCGCAUUAACCUCUACAUGCUGUCGGUCAAUCGAUCUGCCAGUAUUGCAUUCAUGACAGUCGUGGCACUGAACCGUUAUUUCAAAGUGGUCCAUCCACAUCACUGCAUCAGCCGGAUCAGUGUAACACAGGCAGGCGGGCUUGCAGUCCUGAUAUGGGUUUCUGUAAUCACCCUUCGGAUUCCACUGUUGACCAUCAAUCUCCUCGAUUCAAAAGGCAACAUUAGUCUGUGUCGCAGCUUCAGCUCUUACGACAAAAUACCUCUACCAUUAGUAGUGCACGACAUUGCACAUAUUACAGAGUUCUUCUUUCCAUGGCUAGUGUUGCUUUUGUGUUCGGCCAGGAUCAUGUACCAGCUGAAUAAACUGCGAAUGGGAAGGAAGAAGGUGAAGCACGCCAUUCGAGCAGUGGCAGUCAUCAGCACAGUGUUCACCUUCUGCUUCCUGCCAAGCGUCUUCACGGGCCUCGUGGGCUUGUACAUCAAGGCAUUCUACCCUACAAAAUGCAAGGCUUACAAUAUGUGGAUUAAUGCAUUCAUGGUAUGCAUUGGCUUCACCUACCUCAACAGCGCUUUGGACCCUGUCAUCUAUUUCUUCUCCAGCUCCACAUUUAAAGAAACUCUAAAGAAAUCCCUCAAGAUCAGCAAGAAGAAGAAAGUUAAAGCGCCAGACAACUACUGACUCAUGCUUCUAAUUUACCUGUCAUCAUGGCGGUAGGAUGGACUAGGGGGUUUAGAAGCCAAUCCCCUGACCGUUUAACCACUCUAUCACAUAUUGUUGGUUUACUGUGGCAGCCGACAUCUGACUCUCAUUGUAAAUGCACAGACAGUUAAUUAAAAUCCGUCCAGUGGUUCAUCAAACGAAUGACAGGAACAAAUGGAUCAGAGACUCGUGGGACUUUAGCAUCCCUAUUAGUGUGACUGGCCUUCAAAAACAUUCGUUAUCAGAAUUAAAGGAGCCAUUUGAAAAUAAAUCUAAUUUCAGAGCACAGAAUCUAACCAACAAAUUAAGUUUCUUCCAAAAUGCUGGAGAGAGAGAGCUCAGGUCGAGGCAAACAACUAACUGACUAAAGCCUGGUUUAUCCGUCUCCAUCUGCACCAUAAUCUCUCAAAGUAAGGUUUGGGAGCGCAAGCCUGUGAUUGGUCCGCGUGUCACUUCCUUUAAAGAGCAAAUUGCAAUUUAGAGCCUCUCAUGAACCAAUGUUCAAAGAAGCAUAAUAGAAACAUAUAAAAAAAUUAUUUACACUUACAUUAAUUAUUUAGAGAAAACGUUUUUUUUUUUGCCAAACCAAGUGAGGUCAGCUGUUAGCUUAAUCCAGAGAAAAACAUGGACUCUAAAGCGGCUCUGACACAGAGGAAACUUUAAAUGUUUAUAAUUCUACUUCUGAUGGACCCAAACCAUAAAGUUAUGAGUUUGCUGCUCGUCCCAGAGAGCAGAGACAAACCAGAGGGAGAAACC